UUUCUUACAGUUACAUCCUUCCACAGAUGGAGAAUUGUACUCUGGCACAGCAGCAGACUUCAUGGGCAGAGACUUUGCCAUUUUCCGAACUCUGGGCCAUCACCAUCCAAUCAGAACAGAACAGCAUGACUCCCGGUGGCUAAACGAUCCCAGAUUUAUUAGUGCUCAUCUGAUACCUGAAAGUGAUAAUCCAGAAGAUGACAAAAUCUAUUUCUUCUUCCGUGAAAAUGCAAUUGAUGGAGAGCACACUGGAAAAGCCACUCACGCUAGAAUAGGACAGAUCUGUAAGAAUGACUUUGGUGGACACAGGAGCCUUGUUAACAAAUGGACGACUUUCCUCAAAGCACGUCUGAUUUGUUCUGUGCCAGGACCCAAUGGUAUUGACACACACUUUGAUGAAUUACAAGACGUGUUCCUAAUGAACUCGAAGGACCCUAAAAAUCCAAUAGUGUAUGGAGUGUUUACAACUUCCAGUAAUAUAUUCAAGGGAUCAGCAGUAUGUAUGUACAGCAUGACUGAUGUGAGGAGAGUAUUUCUUGGCCCCUAUGCCCACCGAGAUGGCCCAAACUACCAGUGGGUUCCCUACCAAGGGCGAGUUCCAUAUCCACGGCCAGGAACUUGUCCCAGUAAAACAUUUGGCGGCUUUGACUCCACCAAGGACCUUCCUGAUGAAGUUAUAACAUUUGCAAGAAGUCAUCCAGCAAUGUACAAUCCAGUAUUCCCCAUCAACAACCGUCCAAUCAUGAUUAAAACGGAUGUAGAUUACCAGUUCACACAGAUAGUAGUAGACCGAGUAGAUGCAGAAGAUGGUCAAUAUGAUGUUAUGUUCAUCGGCACAGAUAUUGGAACAGUUCUUAAAGUGGUUUCAAUUCCUAAGGAGACUUGGCAUGAAUUAGAAGAAGUCUUGCUGGAAGAAAUGACCGUCUUUCGGGAACCCACUGUUAUUUCAGCAAUGAAGAUUUCCACAAAACAGCAACAGCUCUACAUUGGCUCAGCCACCGGAGUCUCGCAGCUUCCUUUACACCGCUGUGAUAUCUAUGGAAAAGCAUGUGCCGAGUGUUGUCUUGCAAGAGACCCUUACUGCGCCUGGGAUGGUUCAUCUUGCUCACGUUACUUUCCUACUGCUAAGAGACGUACUAGGCGACAAGACAUCCGAAACGGAGAUCCUCUCACUCACUGCUCAGACCUGCAGCAUCAUGGUGAGUUAUGGAUAUGGCUUACAAAUUUAGCAUGCGGAGAGUAGGAAGUGCACAAAUGG